AUGGAUGUUACAAACUCACAUGAUCCAAGCAGAGGGUUCAACUAUGGAUCGACUGCUGAACACGGGCAACAGUUUCCGGUACGGGAGGAGGAUGAAACUAGUGCAGUAGACAGGAACAAAUCACCAAAUAAAGGACGUCUCACCCCGAUGCUAUCAUCUCUCCCGUUAUCAACACAGCAAAAGAUGGUCAAUGAUGACAAGAAAAAACCACCAAAGAAAGGACGUCUCACCCCGAUGCGAUCACCUAUCCCCGUAUCAAUCCCAGUGGCUCUAGCGGAACCGUUACUGACACCAGUUGUUGAAGGACGUGAAGUGGAGAUAUUGAAAAGCAUCGUAUAUGGAGGUCUAGCAGAAGCAAUCGCAAGCCUCGGUGUUAUCUCAUCUGCUGCUGGUUCUGGUGCUUCAACAUUCGCAAUCUUAUCCUUCAUUAUCACUGGACUACUCCCUCCUGUUGUCUACUACUUCUCAUUCAGAGAAACACACAACAAAGACUACAAAGUGGCAUCAGUUUUCGGUGCAUCUCUGAUAUGUAUCACCUUGCUCGCUCUAGCCAAGGCUCACGUGAGGAACCCGAGAAGCAGCUACCUGAAGAGCGUUCUGUACUACGCAACAACAUCUGUGGCUGUGUCGGGGAUUACGUACGUGGUUGGUAACGUUGUGAAUCAGUUGAUUGAGAAGUACGGAUGGUCUGAUGGGUCUGAAACUCAGGCGGGAGAGAUGAUGCUUUCACUUAUGGGGAGAAAGGCUGGUGGCUUCGGAUACUCAUCAUCAUACUGA